AAAACAUAAUAUCUUUGAUAGCAGGGGUGUUUAUGAUUUUCAAACAAACAACAUUUAAAUACCAAAUGGAAAGUACAUGAAUGUAUAAGACAUAAUGUGGCUGUAAAGCGAAACACUAUUUGCAUUUUACAGUGAAUUAUGUAGCAAAAUCACAGUGAGAUGCACUACACUUACAAGUGUUACAGUGUACGCAGUAAUCCCGCCAGAAAUAAAAUAAACAUUAGCGUAGAUGUAUGAACAAAGGAGUUAUAAAGGGUCCUAGCAGUUAGCUUGCGUGUAAACUGUAUAGCAGUUAUUAUAUUUUAAUUCGUGGUUAACAGUAUAAUGGUUGCUCGAAUCUCUUAGUGCCUUGCCAUGAAUUAAACUGAAAUUUGCAGCGCUUUCCACAUGCGUGUUUGUGAAACGUAGCCACAAGUUGUAAGGAUGGAGCGAUGUAUGUUACCAGCAGAAGAAACGUUACAUGCACUACGAUAUUACAGAACCUACGGCAAUGAAUAGCAACGAAACUCACGGAAGUCGUUCGAAAAUUUACGAAUGAGUACUACUGUAAAACUCUAUUUUAUUACAAAGCAGCUGUGAAACAAUUGUUGGAGAUGAAGUUUCAGAAAUGAAAACUUUCUGUCUGCGGUUAAUUGAAGUGGACAGUAAACCAUGAAUGAUUUUGACUAUGAUUUUGUUGACGAAAUGGAUGAUAUGUCACCAGUUUAUGAGGAUUUGUAUGUACCAUCCACACAUCUUUGGUAUGAGGAAGAUGAUGGAACAGACAGUGUGAGAGUUACAGAACUUCUAGAACUCUGUAUUGAACCUACAUUAAGAGAUGGCCUGAACCACAUAGGCAAAUUAUUACUUUGGUGUUUUCUUUUCCGUGCCUCGACCCAGUGGGUGAAGGUUCCAGCACUGGUAUGCCAUUCUGUUUCUGCUGGAACUGGUCUGGUGAUAUUACAUCACUUUUUCCACAGUACCAUGUAUUACAUAAUAGGAUUUGCUACUGGUGCCUAUUUCCUGCUGUUUCUUGUCUCAUGUUUUUUGAAAAGGCAUAGAGGUCCAAUCAUGGGAGUUGUUUCAGUUGGUUUUCUCAUUAUCUGUGAACUGCUGUUUGUUAGUAGAACUGAAUGGCAUAAAAUUCGGGGAGCUCAGAUGCUCGUGGCGAUGAAGGUGAUAUCGGUUGCAUUCGAUGCAGAUUUUGGAGCUUUGCAAUCCCUUCCAUCACCUGCUGAGUAUAUAGGUUAUGUACUUUGUGUAGGCACAUGUGUCUUUGGACCAUGGGUGCCGUACAGGGAUUACUUAGCAAUUUAUAACAAGCCCUUAUGGAAUGCUAAGUGGUUGUGGAAAAUUGCUGUGAGUGUCCUAAUGGCAUUGUUCUUUCUUACUGUCUCUACAUGUUGGACACAUUGGUUCAUUCCAGAUGAUGCGUGGAGGUGGUGGACAGCUUAUCGUGAUGCUCUCUCAUUCAGGUCGAGUCAUUACUUUGUUUCUUUCUUGUCAGAAGCAUCAGCUAUUCUAUGUGGAUUUGGCCAACGAACUGAUCCACUGUUUAGCCUCCCAGUAGCUAGACCGCAGUUUAUUGAAGUACCUCGGUCGUUAGUUCAAGUCGUCGUGUACUGGAACAUUCCUAUGCACAAUUGGCUGAAAAAUUAUGUGUUCCGUACCACGAAACCCUUGGGAAGCUUUGCUGCUAUUCUGUCAACAUAUGCUGUUAUGUGAAAGAGAAAACACAUUUCUCCAAGGAAGCAAGGGAUUAUUUUGGGACUCAAAGCUGAAGAACUCUCGAAUAGGGAUGUUGAUAGGAAAUUAUUAGUCGACUACAGAACUGUGACAGAUGUAUUGAAGAAACAAGCUGAAACUGGAAAGAGAAGCUGAGGUACAAAAGUGAUCCAAAGAAAAUCUGCAGUCCCAGACUGUGCUGGACAAUGAAAAUGAUAGCACACCAAGAAAGAAAACUGAGUUCAAGGCCGAUUGCCAUUAUGAUUGAGCACGAGUUCUGGGUCUCAGCUUCCCAUCAAGUGGUCUUAGGAUGCCUUUUUGAUCUCAGCCUUACGAAGAAAAAACCUGCAAAGGAAGCCCACCUAACAAAAAAGCAUGUUGAAAAAAGAAAAAGGUUUCUCGAUCUGUACCAACAGAGUUCAUCCAAGGACUGGGAAAGAGAAGAAAUUUAGUGUGUAUGGCAAUGACAGUGGUUUGAAACUGCGAGUGGAGCCAGGAGAGUAAUAAGGAAGGAAGAUUGUGUUGUGGAAAUGAAGUAGUUCAGUGAAAGAAUAAUGCUGUGGGGAGCAAUGUGUCUAAAGGAGUGGGAAGAUCUAAGAUUCACCUAGCUUCAGUUACUGGGUUAAACUACUGUGAUAUCUUUCAAAAUAAGUUAUUAAAUACCGCAGGAGAUCAUUUCAGUGGAGAAAACUGGGUCUUCAUUUUUGAAAAUGACAAUGCAGUCACUGUGCCAGGGUUGUCCAGGAGUGUCGUGCAGAUCUGGCUAAUGAACAGUUAUGGUGACCACCAAAUUGUUCAGACAUGAAACCUACUGAGUAUUGUGGCCAAUUAUGUCUAAAAAACUAAGUAAAUGUUGUACCUGUAGAAUAGAGUUCAUUAAGAAAAUUGCUCACAUCUGGUACCAUGAAAUUGGUACAUGUGGAAAAUUUGUCAGUUCAAUGAUAGAUAGAGUUAAAGCUCUUAAAUAGGCAUGGGGUAGGCGGACAAAAUUUUAAUUUUAUAUAAUUUGUUCUAUACAACUUAAUUUCACCUUAAACAAAAAAUUCAAUAAACUAUUGAAACAGCCUCUGUGUUGCUGUUUUGACAUACAUUAAGUAAAA